AUGAGCCAGCAAGAUCAGGUCACCCCGCCAGGUCGGCCAGGCGGCCUACAAUAUUCCUUCGGAACCAGUGGCGCUGGCCAUUCGCUCACAUGGUGCCCUCCGGCCUUCUCUGGAUCCCAGAAUCAGCUGAAUCAUGCAGACUUUCCCCUUGAAAAGCGUCAAAGACUCAAUGAGGUCCAGGUCAACGUUGAAGCGCAUGGAGUCGCCAGGAUCCGUCUGGGCGAGGACAUGACAUUCGACUUCACAUCAAGGCAAAGAGAAGCAAAGAAGAAGCUUUCGGAUGUCGAAGCUGAGCGAGAUCAUCUUUUACGGCGGCUUGAUGAGACUAGAAAGGACCACGAGAAGAUUCUUUCGAAAGUCAAAUCUGAGAGAGACGCGUCUGUACGUGGUCACCGUGAAGCCACGACGACUUACGACAGGAUUACUUCUGCCCUGAGAGUUGAGGUGAAUGGACUUCAGCAAGAGCUAAAAGAUACCAAAAAAGAUCUUGAAAAUGCCAAACAGGAACUGGAGAAUGCGGAGGUAGAACUCGAACGGUCGUCCAACGCUUCCUUUGACUUGAGUAACGAAUUGUCUCCUUUGAUGAGGACCAUCAGAUAUCUAAGGGGCGGCCAUAAGGAGCAGCUCAACACUCUCGAAAAGGAUCUUGAGGACUCUGAAGACAAUUGUCAGGCUGCCUCGGACUCAUUGAAGAUGCGCGAGAGGGAACUGAAGGCUUGUCACGACCUUAAUGCUCAGACAAUCAAAGGACUUCGAGAAACCAACAUGAAGUGCAUCAGUGAGAAUGUUACUCUGCAGACCAAGGUAUCACGGCUUCAGGAUGCCUUGAAGAAGGAGGGACAACCCGAAGUCAUCGAACUAUAG